GUGCCCGCGGCGCCGCCUCGCCCUGAACGCUCUCUUCCCCGUGUCCUGCAGGCUCUCGUGCGGCGUCAUGGCUCAGAGGGCCUUCCCGAACCCCUACGCCGACUAUAACAAAUCCCUGGCCGAAGGCUACUUUGACUCUGCCGGGAGGCUGACUCCUGAGUUCUCACAGCGCUUGACCAAUAAGAUUCGAGAGCUCCUUCAGCAGAUGGAGAGAGGCCUGAAGUCAGCAGACCCUCGAGAUGGCACUGGUUACACAGGCUGGGCAGGCAUUGCUGUGCUGUACUUACAUCUCCACGAUGUGUUCGGGGACCCUGCCUAUCUGCAGAUGGCACACAGCUAUGUGAAGCAGAGCCUGAACUGCCUGAGCAAGCGCUCCAUCACCUUCCUGUGCGGGGAUGCAGGCCCCCUGGCAGUGGCUGCCGUGCUGUAUCACAAGAUGAACAAUGAGAAGCAGGCGGAGGACUGCAUCACACGGCUGAUUCACCUAAAUAAGAUCGAUCCCCAUGCUCCAAAUGAAAUGCUGUAUGGACGAAUGGGCUACAUCUAUGCUCUUCUUUUUGUCAAUAAGAACUUUGGAACAGAAAAAAUUCCUCAAAGCCAUAUUCAGCAGAUUUGUGAAACAGUUUUAACCUCUGGAGAAAAUCUAGCUAGAAAGAGAAACUUCACGGCAAAGUCUCCACUGAUGUAUGAAUGGUACCAGGAAUAUUACGUCGGGGCUGCUCACGGCCUGGCAGGAAUAUACUACUACCUGAUGCAGCCCAGCCUGCAAGUGAGCCAAGCAAAGUUACAUAGUUUGGUCAAGCCCAGUGUAGACUUUGUCUGCCAGCUGAAAUUCCCUUCUGGCAAUUAUCCUCCAUGUCUGGAAGAUAAUCGAGAUCUGCUUGUCCAUUGGUGCCACGGCGCUCCUGGGGUAAUCUACAUGCUCACCCAGGCCUAUAAGGUAUUCAGAGAGGAGCAGUACCUCUGCGAUGCCUACCAGUGUACCGAUGUGAUCUGGCAGUAUGGCUUGCUGAAGAAGGGCUACGGGCUGUGCCACGGCGCUGCAGGGAAUGCCUAUGCCUUCCUGACGCUCUACAACCUCACACAGGACAGGAAGUACCUGUACAGGGCCUGUAAGUUUGCUGAAUGGUGCUUAGACUAUGGAGAACAUGGGUGCAGGACCCCAGACACGCCUUUCUCCCUCUUCGAAGGGAUGGCGGGAACCAUAUACUUCCUGGCGGAUCUGCUCGUCCCCAGCAAAGCCAAGUUCCCUGCAUUUGAACUGUGAGAGGACAGCACGGCCCCUGCAACUCAGAGCAGACCCUUUCUGUGUGUCCCACCUGGCCCCAUGCUUUGGCUGCUUUGGACAGAAACAUAGACUCCAAUCGUAUGCUUGAGUUAGCUGGUUCCUUUUUUUUUUUUCCCAGAAUUGGUCUUAGUUUCAUUUUUUACUGUUUACUUUCACUGUAUUGGAAAGUAUGCAAGGAAGAAUUAACUUUUGAGUUUCUUCUGACAGGAAAGACAGGUGAUAAGUAUAAUAUUUUAAGGUCAUCUAUGUAUUUCAAAACUUGGAGGAAAUCUUACCUUAUUUAAAAUGAUAAAUAUAAGCAUCUGUUUCUGUUCUAAAAAUAUUUAAAAGAAACUAAGUAUAAUAAGCAAACUUAAAUAUGUGAGUGUUGUUGAAUGCGCCUUCCAGCCCCUACUAUAUAGCAUUCUUCCUCUAACAGUAAAGCAGUUGUAUGGCUUGCUUUUCUCUAUGGGGUUGAUCAUGAAAGGGGACAAAAAUAAAAGUGUGCUUCCGGGAGAAAAAUUUCAAGAAUUGUAAAUGGGACUCAGGACCUUAGUGUCAUCUUUCAGUUCCCUUGCUUGCCACUUUGUCAGAGAAGCAUCCAGCUUCCUGGAUGCCAGCGUUUUAAUGAAAAACUAAAACAUGAUGGUUGUCAUGAACAUUCCGACUUAAAAGUUAGUUCAAGAUAAGCUAAUAUUAACAUUUUAUUGUUUUCUCUAAAAUAAUCGAGUGUAGUUUUGAAGUAUUUACUCGGAUUUAUUUAUGUUUCUUCUUCGGUAUUCCCGUGAGUCGGGACGCAGGUGUUCCGUGUGCGCAUACUGUGACCACGGACUCGAGUCUGCCCUGCUCCGCUGAACCCUAAACUUGGGCUUGUGUUUCCCUUCGCAGUGACCAUCCUUCAGUGCUGGCUGUUUAGUAAGAUCCCUAAAAUUUAUUCCUGUCAGUUUGCCUAACGUUGGUCUUUUCACUAAGUAAUAACUGUGUUCUACCUCUGGGUAAAAGGAGCAGGAAGGAAACGCUGUAGAGCCAGUAAUUUGAAAAAGAAUAUUAAGGUCUUAACCGAAAAUGUUUAUUAGGAGAUAUUUACCCAGAGUCCACGCUGGUAACAAAUGAGUCUUUGCAUGUCCCAGGCUGAACAGUUCAUCAGUCCAAGGCCAGAGAACUGGCUUUUCUAUGGUGAAUGAAGACUUCCUGGUGCUUCAAAUUAUGUACAAUGUUUCGACUUAUUAGCUCUCCCCUCCUCCUUUUCUGCCUUUCCCAGGCAAGGGAGACACUUUUUGACUGAUUUUAGAACAUUAUGUGACUUUAAAACAACAUGGUCGGAGAACUCUAAAUGUGCCUAUUUCAUAGCUCUCUUGGUCACAAAAAUGUGCCAUUUUUAUUGGAACUUUAAACCAAAUCCCCACAGUGUAUGCUGGUUCCUAUGGAUAGCAAUCCUGUUAUUUUUCUCUGUUUGGCACCAAAAUAGCUAAUAUUGGAAAUUCUCUGGCCCUUUAAGGGCUACUGACAGUAGGGUCCACAAAGCAGCCCACUUGUUCAGUGCCUCGGUGUAAAGUACUCCCUCUGUGGCUCGUGGGAGUCAGGACCCCGUGCCUCUUAGACGGUUGAAAUGCUCCUGCUCAGCUGUGUGCAGGUGUUCUUUCCUUGUUCAAGUUUCAGAUCGGCAGUGUUGGCAUUGCAGGAAUAUGUAAAAGGAAUGCACAGCAGAGCUCAUUUGCCUUUGGCUGGGUGUCCAACUUAAUAAAGAUCAUUUGGCUUAGUUAAAAGUCUUACUACAGGGCUGGGGAUUUAGCUGAGUGGCACAGUGCCUGCCUGGCAAGCGCAAGGUCGUGAGUUCGAUUCCCAGUACCGGAGAAAAAUCAAAAAAAAAAAAAAGUCUUACUACAUUGUGCUUGUGCUUUUAGCUACUCAUCAAGUUACUAAGUGAGGGAAAAUGAGCAACACACUUUGCCUGAGCCCAGGGAGACCUGAUCAUAGUUGCUUCCCCAAGCCUCUUCCUUAAUUUAACCCCGGGAAGCAGACCUCAAAGCAGGGAGAGGAACAUUGUGUAUAUGAUUCUUGGUAAUAUUUGGAUUAUAGUAUAGUUGCUAUCAUCCUCUAUUUAAAAAUUCACCAACAUAAACACAACUCAAGUUUUUUAAGACUGUUACUAAACUGACCAGAUAUUUGUGCCAUUGUUUGUUUUAUUUACACUUAAAAACUAAGAAAAUUGUGAUAGAAUUUUAAACUCAGGCAGAGGGAACAAAGCCAAGACCAGUACCUUAACACCAUGGUAGUGACUAAGAGAAACUUUUCCACUGACUUUCUUAACUUCAAAAGGAAGCAGCAUCGUUUUUGUAGCUGUAUGUGUACUAUGCUUGUCCCUCGGAUACUUUCCUUCUCAGUAAAAAAAAAAAAAACUUCACAGAAGUUGUUUCCAUAGCAUCCCUUACCUCCCUGCAAAGACUAGGUAGUGAGACCUUCAACGCUUGUCAAGCAGUGUUCAUUUAUCCUGUGAUCUCUGUUUGUGUGGUGGUGAGAAACUGCAGUGGUUAACUCUCACCAUGUGAAAGUGUGAACAUAGUCAUGCACAUUGCCAUAGCCCCCAUCUGGUGUGACUUGCAUCUGAAUUUAUUCCUUAGCGUCAGCUGGCUCUUUUUCAUCUUUUGUGUCGGUUUCAAUUAUUUAUCAUCAAAAAUCUCCAUGGUAGGUAGAGUUCUAGGUAAGGAGGGGACCUAAGGCUAUUCCCUCCCUGCUAAGAUUGCCCUAAAUAACUGAAUUGCAAGAUACACUCUAUUCUAUAUUCUCAGGUUCAUUUGUGUCCAGUCUCUUGAUACCCUGCUUUUUACCAGUUGAUUCUGAAAUAAAAAUCGUGAACAGUGAACAUUUAUUUAUACACUGUUGGCUACCAGGAUUCAUUUGUAGACACCUGAUUACUCAAACUGAAUCUUGAUUCCAUUUCUGCUUUCCCAGAACAGAGAAGAGCACAUUUCUGAGGGUUCUGUACUGUUGGGUGUUAGAACUAGUUCUCACCUAUAAAUAUAAAGCCAUGUUUGGGGUGUUCAGGAGACCCACUGCAGUGUUGUGUUGUCACGGGAAGGACUGGCAUUGUAUGUAUUUAUAUGUUGUGUAAAGGAUUUGACUUACUGGUCUUCAUUAAAAAAUUUAUUAGAACUAUA